AUCACGUGACGGACCGAAGUGACUCACCUGAGAGGCUUUAGAGACACGAAACCGGUUUAUAUCCUUCCACCAUUCAGAGUUUAUCCGAGAAAACUUACAUUUACCAAACAUAACAGUUGUUACGUUAAAAGGAAGGAGUGUCGUCAGAACUGACGUCACAGGAAGCUAAACGCUGAGCAGCUGUCGGUUUUUAUUUGUGAACAAAUCCAGAGUUAUUCUGUUUAAUAAACCAGUCAGAGGGAAUAUUUAAAUAACCCUGUUUAAAGGUUUAUUGGCGCUAAUUCGGCCACCUUUUGUCUGAUGUUUGGAAUAACCAUUCAUUCAUUCAUAUUGAGACAUGGGCUGAGCAGGUGAAAUUAUAAAUGUAGAAAUGAAGAAAUCCAUUUGAGGUGUGGAGAACAGGUGGAUGACCUCAGGUCACCUGUAAGAUGUUCCAGGGAUGGAGGUCCUCUGUGGUUCCCAGAGUUGGGGUCGAGACCCCACUGUGGGUCACCAAGAGCUACACGGAGCUGAUGAUGACGACGACGUUUCGCACUGCGGAGCGUCACGGUUACGCCGUGGAAGUGUCGCCAUUCGUUCCCCACAGAGUGGCCUGUGCUACGUCCCAGUACUACGGAAUCACGGGCUGCGGCUCCCUGUUUGUCCUGGAUCAGACCAAGAGCGGCGUGGCUUUAGUCGGAAGCUGGGCGUGGGGUGACGGCCUGUUUGACGUAACGUGGAGCGAAGCCAACGAACACGUUUUGGUGGCGGCUGGUGGAGACGGCAGCCUGCAGCUUUGGGACACAACCAAUCAGAACGCUCCGCUUAGAGUGGUCAAAGAACACACACAGGAGGUCUACUCUGUGGACUGGACUCAGACCCGAGGAGAGAACCUGCUGGUUUCUGGUUCGUGGGAUCAAACAGCCAAAGUGUGGGAUCAGACGCUGAGCAGGUCGCUGACGACGCUUAGAGGUCACCAAGGGGUCAUCUACAGCACCAUCUGGUCUCCUCACAUCCCAGGAUGCUUUGCAUCAGCCUCAGGUGACGGCACCCUGAGGAUCUGGGAUGUGAAUGCCGGAGCGUGUCGAUUGGCCAUCCCUGCUCACAGUGCUGAGGUCCUCAGCUGUGAUUGGUGUAAAUAUGACCAGAACAUUGUGGCCACGGGUUCAGUGGACUGCAGCGUGUGUGUGUGGGACCUGAGGAACGUCCAACAAGCUGUCAAUCAGCUGCAGGGACACACCUACGCCAUCCGCAGAGUCAAGUUUUGUCCAUUCCGAUCGACCGUGUUGGCGUCCUGCUCAUAUGACUUCACCGUCAGGUUCUGGGACUUCAGCAGGACUCCGCCUCUUCUGGACUCUGUGGAGCAUCACUCAGAGUUUGUGUGUGGUUUGGACUUUAACCUGCACAUCCCCAACCAGGUAGUGGAUUGUUCCUGGGAUGAGACGGUGAAAAUCUACUCACCUGCCUGCCUCUCAGCUGGAACACACAGCGCUGCGCCGUAACACACGCACACCGUAUUUCCUGUGAUACUUCCUGCUUUGAUCAUCUCUGACUUGAAGCUCCUCCCACACCUGUAUUACAGAGUUGAUGAGAUUAUCUUCUCUGACGGUUAAUACGUUUAUGAAUGGAGCAAAGCUCCUGAAGCUCCAAGUGGAACCAAAAGUUAGAAAUGAGAAUGCUGAAGAACAAACUGGAGUUUUAAAAAGCACGUGACUCCUUGUGACCGUGAUGGUUGGACCUGGACCUGGUUUGGAAUCUGGACUUGGGCUGAGCGUGUCCUCAGAUGGUUUAGAUGGUAUGAUGUUGCAAAGAGGUAGAACCAGAAGAGUGGAAAUCAUGAAAUUAUUAUAAAAACCUUUUUUAGAUGCUAUGCUUGUUAACAUUCAUGUGUUCAUUGGUGGGUUAAAGUGGCAUUGUUCACAUAAAUGUAGCCAAACAGAAAACAGAUGAUAAUUGGAUCAAAUCUGGAGUUCCUCAGGGAUCCUGCUGUCAUGGUUUCAUUCUGGAAGACGUCAUCUCAGGUCCUGUAGCGAUGAACCCGUAGACUCUGGACACGGUUCAUGGUGACGUUUAGAUAUAACUGUUCCUGCAGAAGACAGCCUCAUAAUUAAAGUCCUCACCGUUUCCUCCCAAAACAC